UUUUGCUUUCAUUUGUCGUGUUUUCUGCAGGAAGAAGAGGAAGAAGAGGAAGAAGAGGAAGAAGAGGAAGAAGAGGAAGAAGAGGAAGAAGAGGAAGAAGAGGAAGAAGAGGAAGAAUAUAUGCGUUUUUGGUGGUUUGCGUGUUUGUGUUUUUUCCUCUUCAACACCUACUCUCCACACUCCAGCUCUAUAGGUGGCGCAAUUUACACCAUAAACCGAUUCUCCAAACGCCAUAAAACAUUACAGAAGAAGAUAACGACGGAUUUUUGUAGAGAAGUCCACUGUGAUAUAAGAAACCGGAAGCGACCGGCGUCACGCGCUUCUGAGAUCUAAUCUACUGUAUAGGGGCGCCGGGGCUCUCACACAGGUCUAUAUAAGAGUUAUAAAGGCUUUAUAGCGGCGUCGUUACUGCUGGUAGUGAUGUCAUUCCGCAGGGCGGCGAAGCUCGCGUUCGGGUUUGCAGGAGGAUCUGCUGUGGUGGUCGCGUGCGCAUAUUUUACUGAUCAACACCGGGAGGUUGUGCGGUUUAAGCCUGGAUUCAGUGACGUGCUUCAUGCAGCUCAACCCACAGCUUCCAACAACCACUGGGAUUAUAACUGGGAUAAGAGAGAGCCGUCCUCCAUGAACAACACCAAGAAGAAAGGAAGUGUGGGAGAUGAGACCGGCUUGCAGGUGGAGAAUAACAAGCCCACAGCCACACGCCACAUCUUCCUCAUCAGACACUCGCAGUACAACCUGAGUGGUGGCUCGGACAAGGAGAGGAAGCUCACAGAUUUAGGCCGUGAGCAGGCGGAGCUGACGGGACAGAGGCUGUCCUCUCUCGGCCUGAACUACGACAUUCUGAUCCACUCCAGCAUGACACGAGCCACCGAGACGGCUCAGAUCAUCAGCACACACUUGCCAGGAGUGGAUUUGGUAAGCUGUGAUCUGCUGCGAGAAGGUGCUCCCAUCGAACCUGUUCCUCCUGUCAGUCACUGGAAACCUGAGGCUGUGCAGUACCACGAGGAUGGCGCUCGAAUUGAGGCAGCGUUCCGCCGUUACAUCCACCGAGCUGAACCCAAGCAGAAGGAGGACAGCUACGAGAUCAUCGUCUGUCAUGCUAACGUCAUUCGCUAUUUUGUGUGCAGAGCUCUACAGUUUCCUCCUGAGGGCUGGCUCCGUUUGGGUCUCAAUAACGGCAGCAUCACGUGGCUCACCAUCCGUCCGAGCGGCAGGGUGGCACUACGGGCACUUGGAGACUCCGGCUUCAUGCCACCCGACAAAGUGACGCGCACCUGACACUCCUGAUCCUCUUCUGAACCAGAACCGUCCCACUCAGAACCUGGUCUCUCACACAGUACCACAGCAUUAGCCUUACAGAGACUAGGUUUCCUGCUUUUAGUCAACAUCUUACAGAUCACCUGAUUAUUAACUGAUCACAGUAUCAGAAGAGCAAAGUGACUCAGUACUGAUUCAUAAUUUAUAUUUAUUUAUAUUGUUCUGAUUCAGUAUUGGUUCAUCUGUCUUGAACUGUUUCUGAUUCAGUUUUGAUCUCUUUCCAUUUUGAUUCAUUUCAGAUAUCAGGUUUGUUUACAUUUUUGGUCCGGAUUCAUUUUUGAUCUCAUUCGGAUUCACUGAACUGACUCAGAUUUUGUUCUGUUCAGUUUUCAUUUGAUUACCAUUUUAUUUUUGACUCACUUUUCAUUCUGAUCCGGUUCUGAUUAGUGUCUAGAGUGAUUUGGAGUGCUGAGCUGAAAUUUCUAGCAUUUUGAGAUCUCUAACUGAUAAUAUUGAUGUCUUGACUCGUGUUUACAGCGUUUCUGUGGUGUGGUGGUGUGUUUGUGGUUACAGUAUUGUUCUGUUGUCAUAUCGGAUUAAUGAGGAAGUAAAGCAUCAGGUUUCUCUUCAUGAACUCGGGUCUUAAACCUGGGAGAACCAGCAUCAUACGUGUAUUUAGUUAUUGUGUUUCUAACCCUGAUACUUACCCCUGAUCAGGGUUGUUUUUUUCUAAAAGCGAGGUUUGAUUUAAAAAAAAACCAAACAAAUAAAAACCAGAGGCCUUGAUGUGGAGCAGGAAAUUCUGCUUUUCUGUUCCCCAAUCCCAUAAUUCUACUCAGCGUAGAAGUACGAGGGAGAAACAACAGACAAAUCAAAUCUCACGCUCCUGCCAGCAUUCAUUCAGUUCAGUGAGUUACUUAAUGCAGCUUUUUAAUGAUCGUUUCUUGUCAGCGAUCAGAACACACCUCGACCUUUAAUCUGAAUCCAAAUGUUCUUCUGAAAGCCAGCACUCGUCUCGUGUGUGUGCGUGUUAUAUUUUGUAUGAGGCAGGCUCGUCAGUCAAGAGAACUUGUUCGUUGUUUUAAAAGCGUCUGCACGUUUUACAGCAUUUUUGAUUUUGAGAAUUCAAUUAAAAAGUAAAGGUUCA